UUUUUGUGUAGCGAACGAAUUUUAACCAAAAAUUGUUAUUAAGGUAUUGGUAUCACUUAAUUUUUUUGUCAUCUACGACUGUGAUCUUUCAUCUUUUGAUAAAAUGGGCCGGAGCAGGAGCAGGAGCAGGAGCAGAAGCAGGUCUCCAUCACGACGGGAGAGACGACAUUCACACUCAAAUUCACGUGAGCGAAGGCGCAGGGAGAGAGACCGGGAAAGAGACAGACGGAGAAGUCGCUCUCCCCACAGGAGGCGCUCCAGGUCUCCGCCCAGACGCCGUCACUCCUCCUCCCGUUCACCUAUGAGGCAAAGAGACCGACGUGAACAUGACCGAAAAGAAUCUAAAGACAAGGCAUCGAAGCCUGUACAAAUCACUGAGGAAGACAUGGAAGGCAAAACAGAAGAGGAGAUUGAGAUGAUGAAAAUAAUGGGAUUUUCUGCUUUUGACACCAGCAAGGGAAAGAAAAAGGAAGGUGCAGUGAACGCGUAUGCUGUCAAUGUCUCCAUGAAGAGAAAAUACAGACAAUACAUGAACAGAAAAGGUGGAUUCAACAGGCCGCUGGACUUCAUUGCCUGAAACGUCUGGCGGCGGCGCCCAAGCUGUUCUUUUCCUCUGAUGCUUCUGCCCUCAAAACUGAGGAUGACUUUUUUUGUCUCAUGCGCCAGCUCUGUAUGUAUGAAUUAUUUUUUUUUUUUUAAGUUGGUGAACUCAAACGUGUAAGUGUUUGCAGUACGUUACAGUUGAUAGGCCCCACGUGCACAGCGCAUGGUGCCGUAUGUUAAGGUGUUUUAUUUGAAGUAAUAAAAGUGUUUCAAGCUUGUGUUGAAAUCUUGAUUAUUCUAAGAAAAAAUAUAGCAUGUCCUACUUUGAUGUACAUUAAAUAGGACUUAAGUAGUUAUUGCUAGUAAUAAUUGAUCUGUCUUUUUUUUAAUCUAUGAAAUGCAGAAUAAUAAAAAGUACUCGUAUCUCAA